AGCUGGCGGGCCGAAACAACACGUUUACUCUCUCCAUCCUCCUCCUCCUCCUCCUCCGCACGGACCAUGGACGGGUGAGCGCGGGAGCAGCUUUACCGCAGCUCCCUCCCCGCGUCCCCCUGGAAUCAGAGCUCAGGUUGUCUAUCGGCCGCUCCAUGAACAUGAGCUCCGCCCACCUGUCCACAGUGGAUGGCACUGAACCGUUCUGUGUUUCUGAGCGAGCUCAGAGCGUCCCGUCUCGAGUGCUUCACCUGCGUCAGCUGCCAGCUGACGUCUCUGAACCGGAAGUGAUCGAUCUGGGACUUCCCUUCGGCCACGUCACCAAACUCAUCACGCAGAGGUCCACAAACCAGGCGUUUCUAGAAAUGGCCUCUGAGGAAGCAGCUGUUAGGUUGGUGAACUACUACACCUCAGUCACACCCACUAUCAGGAACCAGCCGGUCUUCAUCCAGUACUCCACCCACCGAGAGCUCAAAACUGACAAUCAGAGGGCUCAGGCGGCACUUCCGGCCAUCAAUGCAGCAUCAGUGCAUUCUGGGAACAUGGUGUCCGGUGCAGAGGGGCGGGGCCUCGCUCCUGCUCAGGGUCCCGUUUUGAGGAUCAUUGUGGACUAUGCGUUUUAUCCGGUAACGUUGGAGGUCCUUCAGCAGAUCUUCUGUAAAUUUGGUUCCGUGUUGAAGAUCAUCACAUUCACCAGAAACAAUCAGUUUCAGGCUUUGCUGGAGUUCAGCGACACCGCUCACGCUCACCACGCCAAGGCCGCUCUGGACGGUCAGAACAUCUACAACGGCUGCUGCACGCUCAGAAUUGACUUCUCCAAACUGAGCGUGCUCAACGUCAAGUACAACAACGACAAAAGCCGCGACUUCACCAGGGCUGACCUGCCAACCGGAGAACUGGAGCCUCCCGCGGCUUUUGGCGCAGCUCUGCCCCCAUAUGGUGCUGCAGCGUUUCCACACACCUUCCCCCAACACACAGGUCUCUCCAUGGCGACUGUUCCUGCCUCGUUGGUAUCUCCUCCUCGUGUGGCGCUGCAGGUGGCACCAUCCGCUGUCCACUCGGUGCUGCUGGUCUCCAACCUGGACCCAGAGAGCGUGUCGCCGCGCUGCCUCUUCAUCCUGUUCGGUGUUUAUGGGGACGUCCAGAGAGUGAAAAUCCUCUUCAACAAGAAGGAAAACGCUCUGGUUCAGAUGAGCGACGUCACUCAGGCUCAGCUCGCUAUGAGCCACCUGAACGGCCAGCGUCUCCAUGGUAACGUGAUCCGGGUGACACUGUCCAAACAUCCCAUGGUGCAGCUUCCUCGUGGGGGGGCGGGGCAAGAGGAGCAAGCGCUGACUCGAGAUUUCACCGGCUCCGCCCUCCACCGCUUCAAGAAACCCGGAUCCAAAAACUUCAACAACAUCUUUCCCCCGUCGGCGACGCUGCACCUCUCCAACAUCCCCUCCUUGGUCACUGAGGAGGUGUUAAAGGAUUUGUUCUCGUCCAGCGGAUUCACAGUAAAAGCUUUCAAGUUUUUCCAGAAGGACAGGAAGAUGGCCCUGAUGCAGCUGGCGUCGGUGGAGGAAGCCAUCGCGGCUCUGAUCGCUCUGCACGACCACCAGCUGGACCACAACCAGCACCUGCGGGUCUCCUUCUCCAAGUCCACCAUCUGAUCACCGCCGCCCAGCAGCCAGUGGGGCAGCAGGGCUGCUGGUUCAGUGCCGGCCGCCCAGCAGCCAGUGGGGCAGCAGGGCUGCUGGUUCAGCGCCGGCGGCACACGGACCAUUACAAGCGCUCCGACGGCCACGGACCAUCUCUCUGUGCCUGCCGACCAGCUGACGUCACGCGGACUGACGACGUCACGGCAGGGCCGGUCGCCACGGUUUCCCAGGUUCCAGAGUACAUUCCAGAGCAGACGGAGUAGCAGAGUAUUGCGGAUAACCAGUCAGUUUUUGUGUCAAUGUGAAUGAAUGUGAUGCUGAAAAACCACGAAGACAUCAGAAGCUGCGUUCAGGGCUUGUUUUUGUCGUGUAUCUCCGCCGUCGCGACGGUGGAACCAACGCUUCUGUCUGUCGCCUCCUCUGACCGUCUUUGUGCCUUAAGUCUUCUGGAUUUUUCUGCUGGAUCUUGAUUAAAAACUUUUUUUUUUGGACCAAGUAUGGGAGUUCAACCGACACUUAUGUCCACGUGUCUUAGGAGUUUUUUCAGGAUUUUUUAUUUUGUCUGGUCUGUUUGUUUUUCAUUUUUUAAUCCUGGGUGUAUUUAUAUCGUAGAAAGUGUGACAGGUAACACUUUUGACAUCCCGCCCACCUGUCCUACCUGUGUGUGUGUGUGUGUGUGUGUGUGUGUGUGUGUGUGUGUGUGUGUGUGUGUGUGUGUGUGUGUGUGUGUGUGUGUGUGUGUGUGUGUGUGUGUGUGUGUGUGUGUGUGUGUGUGUGUGUGUGUGUGUGUGUGUGUGUGUGUGUGUGUGUGUGUGUGUGUGUGUGUGUGUGUGUGAGAGAGUUUCUACGGUGACCGUUGUCUUUCAGGAAAACAGUCACCACGGUGACGACAGAAAGCUGAUUGAUGUCUGAAAUUCCUGCUGGAGCUGAUUUCUUCUCAGCAUUUUUAUUUAUUUAUUUAUUUUUUAUUUAUUGUAAUAAAAUGUUUUUAUGCCAAUCAGCAAAUCAGAAGAGAUAAUAUGGUCAGUGGAAAGCUUUUACAAUUCAAUUUUGGUUACCUUUAUCAACAUCUCAUGUAUAAAAUGUUGACAAAGGGUUGAGAAAAAAAAAAAAACAAACCAAAAGUUUGUGCCUUUUAAUUAGAUCAACUUUUGACAUCACUCCCUGUUUAAUCGGCUUCUUUUGUCUCAGCGUUUGCAGCUUGAAGAGCGUGGUCACUUGUAGAAACGGGUAUCUUCAUCUGAUUGGUCACAUAUCAGCAGUCUGUGUGAUCAUGCUGCAGUUUCAUGUUGAAGGAAACUGUCGGUGAAAGUUUUAGUUUACCCUAUUUUCUGGACUAUAAGCUGCACCUGCGUAUAAGCCGCACUCGCUCUAUUUUAAAAAAAAGAUAUGCGAGCCGCAGAUAUUUGUUAGAUUUAGAUAUUUACUACAUGUACAGAAGGAUUUUGAACUGUAAAUGAUGUACAUGUUUGUACCUAAAUAGAUCCUUUCCUAACAGCGUCUUUUAACACGGCAGCAACUUUGCUGAUUAAAACGGGACAGAACCAAGAGAAAAUAACCGCUAUUUAUUUAUCUGUUUGAAAUCGGCUUCUACCUACUUCUUUCUGCUAAAGAAGAAGUAGCGUAUUCUUCUUUGCAUUUAUUUUGUCUUAGUUUUGAUUCCAAUUCCGGUUGGAGCGCCCCGAGCGGUGGAAGAAAAAUCCACAGAAAAGCUGCACCUUUGUAUAAGCUGCAUGGUUGAAAAGAUAUGAAAAAAGUAGCGGCUUAUAGUCCAGAGAAUACGGUAAUUAAAACACGGAAAGAAAACUCAAACCAGAGGAGCGUUUGGAGCGUUGCUCAGGAAACAUAUUUGAAAGCAGAUGUUCUUUAUCAUGAGGUCUCCGGCUGCUGGAAGUCGGUGAUGUCACAGGUGGAGCAUGAAGGCAGAGCCGACACAUGGAAACAUCCACGUCCGUAGACUCGUCAGCUGCUGAAGUGUUAACUAAACAGAUCAUGUGACAUGUCACUUUUAACCAAACGUGGUUCAUGUGACGUCUUGCUUUUUCCAACUGGAACAUCCAGGAGUUUUUAUGAAUGUAACAUAUUUGUUGUGCAUUAUGGGAGUUGGUGGGAUUUUGUUGUUUCGUGAAACAUUUUUAAUAUGGAGCAGUGCAUGAUGGGAAAUUACAUUAGUAGACUGGGGGGGUUCAACAAAGUUUGUUAAACUUUUUUGACAGUGACGAGAAGUUGUAGCAUGAAUUACUAAAUAAAUGUGUCAACCAAAGACAAGCCCCGCCCACUCUU